AUGUCGAAGUCAUUCAUCGAUAAUGCAUGCACCGCUAUCUUCUUUGUUCUUCUGAUUCAGUUUGCUUUUGCUCACAGUAACAGGGUAUUCUUAAACGAGAAAUUACCAUGCAAAACUUUUACACUAUACCUUCACGACACCCUGUUUAAUGUUACGAAUGCGGAUAACGCAACAUCGUCUGCAGUAACUAAUGCCACGGGUAUUAGCAACUUUCAGUUUGGAACACUUAUAGUCUUUGAUGAUCCGUUAACCCUGGAUCAACAUAUUUUAUCUAGCCCGGUGGCUAGAGCUCAAGGUUUCUUCUUCUAUGAUAUGAAGACUAGAUACAACGCUUGGUUUGCAUUUUCGGUAAUCUUCAAUUCUUCCGACUAUGUGGGAACUUUGAAUCUUAUGGGUGCGGAUAUGAUGAAUCAAAAGACUAGAGAUAUUUCCGUCGUUGGUGGCACUGGUGAUUUUUUUAUGACGAGAGGGAUAGCAACGUUGAAAACGGAUGCGGCCCAAGGAUUUGCAUAUUUUAGUCUCAAAAUGGACAUCAAACUCUACGAGUGUUACUACUAG